AAACAAGAUGUUAAAAUUGAAACGUUUGAUUCUCAGGAGUCCCGAACACAAAGGCGUCUUUAGUCGCUUCGACCUCGAGACAGUCGGCAUUGUCCUGCAACAAAGUUGGAAGAUUAAAAUGCCAAUAAGCGACUGGCUCGCUUUUCAUAUCGCUCACAUCACUGAAAUAUUUCUCAAUGACGUUGAGCGCUGCCUGGUACACCAGCUCAUUGUCAUGGUUCUGAAGCAACUCUAUUCGAUCCAGUCCUCCGAGCUUUUCAACAAGCAGCCUCAGUUUUUCGAUCUCGCCCAGCUUCUCUGCCGCCUGGAGGGAAAAGGCAGCGAUAAAUACAAAUGCCCCAUUCAACUUCAGUGUUCGAAUCUCACCAGGAACAUGUUGUUGAUGGCAUCCAGGAUCACCAGGAUGACCUUGGCAUCCUUCACCUGCAGCAGGUUGAUUAGAGCCUCCAGGGCUUGACAUCCUUUGGUCUGCGCUUCCUUGUCGUCGCUGUUGACGUUUUCAAUAAUGUCGUCGAUGGAGAUGGAGGCGACCUGAAGAACAGCGGGGGAUCAACAGAUGUUCUUCACAGACUGUCUGUUUACUCACUAUGUCAUCAGAGAUGAAUUCUGGGUCUUUUCCUUCGCUGGUGAUGUUCUCAUUGGGCAUGAUGGCGUUGGACUGGACUGUCGGGGGACGAGCCGAGGAAGCAUGGCGGGUUUUAACUGGUGCUGCAGGCACGAGCAUUUGACUUUGAGGAUGGAGAUGUUUACAUGUCGUCCCAUGAGCAUCGCUUCCGUAUGUUCAGCUCUGUGGAGUAUGAUGGACAGCUGUACAUGACUCCACAAAACUUCAUUGAGUCUGUCACCAUGAGUGAACCCAGAAACAAGCGGCCAUGGAGGUCCUUGACCAAACAGGAGCUGGAGAAGAUUCUGUCAGACACACCACCAGUAUGGAGGGGUUCAUCCAAACUGUUUCGCAACCUGAGAGAACAAGGCAUCAUCUCAUACACAGAGUACCUGUUCCUGCUCUGCAUCCUGACCAAACCCCAUGCUGGCUUCAAGAUUGCUUUCAAUAUGUUUGAUGCGGACGGUAACCAGAUGGUGGACAAGAGGGAGUUCUUAGUGCUUCAGGAGAUUUUCAGGAAGAAAAAUGAGAAGAAGGGGAGAAAAGGUGACGCUGAGAAAUCUGCACAGUUGAGUAUGCAGCUGUAUGGAUAUCAGGUUGCUCCCAUAAACAGCGUGCUUAAAAAAGACAGUCAGGAGUUUGUGGCACGGAGUUACUGGGACGUUCUGAGGCGAGGCGCCAGCCAGGUUCUGUUUUCUGACCUGGCCGAGCGAGCAGAUGAAAGUAUAACCAUUGACACCACUCUGUUGGUCCAUUUCUUUGGCAAGAAGGGGAAGGCAGAGCUGACCUUUGAUGACUUUUACAGGUUUAUGGACAACCUUCAGACAGAGGUGCUGGAAAUUGAGUUCCUCACCUACUCUAAAGGCAUGACCACCAUCAGUGAGGAGGAUUUUGCCAAAAUCCUGCUGCGCUUUACCAAUGUGGAAAACAUCAGUGCCUACCUGGAGAAUGUCCGUCAGUCCAUACCUGAUGAAAAGGGAAUCACAUUUGAUGAGUUCAGGUCAUUCUUCCAGUUUCUCAACAACCUGGAGGACUUUGCUAUUGCCAUGCAGAUGUACAAUUUUGCUUCUCGAUCCAUUGGACAAGAUGAGUUUGCCAGGGCUGUUUACGUGGCGACGGGUCUGAAGUUAACACGGCACCUGGUCAACACCAUCUUCAAGAUUUUUGACGUCGAUCACGACGACCAGCUUUCCUAUAAAGAGUUUAUCGGCAUAAUGAAGGACCGGCUGCACAGGGGGGCCAGGGUGAAAGGUCCGCAUCAGUCUUCCUUUUCCAAAUGUGUUCGUAGCAAGGCCAGGAAGCAAGUGCACCAGCUCUGGCGGAGGAUGGCGGAAUCGUCGUAGGAAGGAACCAACAGACAGAUUUGGAAUCUCAUCCUGAGACUUUUCUGGGCUCCUCUGCUUGAGUUCAUAGUCUAUGCAUGUUGGGAUAGUCUAUAGGUCAAUUUCCUUAUAUUUGUCUUUUCUCUAUGGUCACUGAUGUAAACACUGACCCACCCAAACUGAAGGAGCACAACUCUUGCUUAUGUCAAUAUCUGAAAUCACGCAACGGUCUCAUGAAUUUGCACUGUUUAUGAACCUCAGCCUUAUUUCUCUUUUUACUUACCUUUGUUAUAAUAUUCGCACUGGCUCUUGAAAUGUUCUUUACUCAUGCAAUCAUUUUUAUUGAAGAGAUGUAUAACUCUAUUUUCAAGUCAACAGCAAAUUGUAUUUUAUCAGGACUUGAAUCAAAGGAGGAAACCUGAUUUUAUUUUCCAAUAUAUUUACUUGAAUAUAUGCUUUCCUUUUAUUUAGUUUUGGGGUCGCCAAGAUUAACGUUUUUGUAGACCCAGCGAAUGCUCGGUACACAAUAAAAAAAAAUCCACUUGCUGCCAUUUAAUGAAUGUUUAUGCAUGAAGAAAUAUAAAUAAACACACUUGGGCGCUGGUAACUGCG